AUUGUAAAAGUUUAAUUUUCCAAACUUUUCUGCGUGCCGCAUUGCGUAUCGGAUUUGAUAUAUUUUGCUUCAUACAAGUCCGUGUAAUGAAUUUCAUUUGACAGCUCGCCCCAUUGCGUACACACGCAUUCAUUCCGGUGUUAUAUUUCGGGCGUAAUUUUUGACAGAAAUUGAGUGUCAUAUCGCCAUAGUAAACAACUCUUUCAAUUCCUGAUGGUGGAUUCUCGUGUCGCUUAGUCAGUGAGAAGGAGUCUAGCACUGGGGGUGGUAUUGCAUUUGAAGCAGUGACAGUCUGGACGUACGAAUACUUUCUUGUGACGACAUAUAUUUAGUCAAAUGUCGAAUGAAAGCAGUGACGAAAAAGUGAACCCAUUCACAUCAAGUAAAUGCCAGGAUAAUACUUCACCCUUAAGUGAAUAUCGUGGCGAUCCCGAUGAAAUAUCCGCGGAUGAUGGAAGCAUGACCGACUCUUACAUGGAAAUAUCACGACAAAUCGAUAUCAGUCCGAUUCCUAACAAUAAUAUGUCAACGUCCGACUAUUCGGAUAGUAUUGGAGCAGCAAAGGGUGGCGGUGAAAGUAGCGGCAAUAGAAACUGGGAACAUCGACGACCUGACUCCCUUGUAGGCGACAGAACAUUUCCCUAUAAUCUGGAUGGUAUUGUGAGCAAAGAUGGUGAAAUGACGCAUUUUGUUACGGAAAAUCUUGAAUAUAAGAUUAAGCUUUCUAGUCCGGUUACCAGAAAAGACAUUGGUGGUCUCUACUUACGGCAUAACAGCACACCAUCGUCAUCGGGCGGUUUGGGUCCAACCCGUUCGUUUUUCGGAACAUCGGCACAACAGCAACAGCCUCAGGUCGAUUCCAAUGUUUUAAAUGAUAUUGAAAUCGAGGCCCAGUACUUGGCUGCUUCGUUGGAUAAUCUAACGGAGAAUCUUUGUAAUUUACUACAUUCAAUAUCAUCAAUAACCGCCGAUAAUGUGGAAAUUCACAAGAAUGCCGUGAACAAGCUUACCGACAGCAUGGAUGCAAAUAUCAAAAGCAUGUACACAAUCAUGGCAAAAACUGAGGAGAUAUCGAAAUCAAUGAAACCUACAGAACAAUUAGCUACACGAAUACGGGAAAUCAAAAGACUCGUGGAUAUGUUGGAGAGUAACAUGUAAUGCGAAAAAUUCUAUCACUAGAGUAUCUUUAAUUCCUCCCUGACACUGUGAUAAAUAUAAUAUGUAAUGAUAGCUGAGUGGUUAGAGCACUAGGCUGUCGUACGGAAGGUCGCGAUUCAAAUCUCACUGGUGGCAGUGGGAUUUGUAUCAUGAUUUGACGUCGGACACACCAGUCGACUCAGCUGUCAAUGAGU